AUGCAGCCCUUUGUCAAGCUCUUUGCUUGCCUCGUCCUCCUCGUCGCCUCGGCCAUCCCGGGCGGCUCGGCCCAGCGCUUUGGUGGCGCCCCCGACUUCGCCCGCACCUGGAAGAUCGAUGCGGGCCACAGCAUGGUGGCCGCACUGCAUGCCAACCAGAUCUUCCUCUGCUACAGCGGCAACUCGGACUGGAGGAUCACCUCGGGCAAUCAAAAGGACGAGGUGACCAUCAACUGGCAGCGCGACACUGGAGCGGACUGGCUACCCCGCUACGGCUGCGCCUCGAGCUGCCUCAGCGGGGCCCACACACCCCAGACGCUCGGAGGCAGGUCGUGGUCCUGCGCCCGGGCCCCGGGCUCGUCGUACCAGCUGGCGGACUUCACCUCGUUCUUGAGCAAGCUCAACAGCGGACAGAGCGAAGGCUUCGGCCUGAAGGCGAGCGACAUCAAUUGGACCCGUCUCGGCCAGUUCACGAUCUUCGGUUGA